CCUCCGGCGCUUGGGGGUGCCAGUUCCCCGCCGGCUGCCGAGCGGGAGGGCUGGCGGAGGAGCCGCAGAGAUGUCCGGCCAGAGCCUGACGGACCGGAUCACCGCCGCCCAGCACAGUGUCACCGGCUCCGCCGUGUCCAAGACAGUAUGCAAGGCCACGACCCACGAGAUCAUGGGGCCCAAGAAGAAGCACCUAGACUACUUAAUUCAGUGCACGAAUGAGAUGAAUGUGAACAUCCCGCAGUUAGCAGACAGUUUAUUUGAAAGAACUACUAACAGUAGUUGGGUGGUGGUCUUCAAAUCUCUCAUUACAACUCAUCAUUUGAUGGUGUAUGGAAAUGAGCGUUUCAUUCAGUAUUUGGCUUCAAGAAACACGUUGUUUAACUUAAGCAAUUUUUUGGAUAAAAGUGGAUUGCAAGGAUAUGACAUGUCUACAUUUAUUAGGAGGUAUAGUAGGUAUCUAAAUGAAAAAGCAGUUUCAUACAGACAAGUUGCAUUUGAUUUCACAAAAGUGAAACGAGGGGCUGAUGGAGUUAUGAGAACCAUGAACACAGAAAAACUCCUAAAAACUGUACCAAUUAUUCAGAAUCAAAUGGAUGCCCUUCUUGAUUUUAAUGUUAAUAGCAACGAACUUACAAAUGGGGUAAUAAAUGCUGCCUUCAUGCUCCUGUUCAAAGAUGCCAUUAGACUGUUUGCAGCAUACAAUGAAGGAAUUAUUAACCUGUUGGAAAAAUAUUUUGAUAUGAAAAAGAACCAGUGCAAAGAAGGUCUUGACAUCUAUAAGAAGUUCCUGACUAGGAUGACUAGAAUCUCAGAGUUUCUCAAAGUUGCAGAGCAAGUUGGAAUUGACAGAGGUGAUAUACCAGAUCUUUCACAGGCCCCCAGUAGUCUUCUUGAUGCUUUGGAACAACAUUUAGCUUCCUUGGAAGGAAAGAAAAUCAAAGAUUCUACAGCUGCAAGCAGGGCAACAACACUUUCCAAUGCAGUCUCCUCCCUGGCAAGCACUGGCCUGUCUCUUACCAAAGUGGAUGAAAGGGAAAAGCAGGCAGCAUUAGAGGAAGAACAGGCUCGUUUAAAAGCUUUAAAGGAGCAGCGCCUGAAAGAACUUGCAAAGAAACCUCAUACCUCUUUAACAACUGCAGCCUCUCCUGUGUCCACCUCAGCAGGGAGUGUAAUGACUGCACCAGCCAUUGACAUAUUUUCUACCCCCAGUUCUUCUAACAGCACAUCAAAGCUACCAAAUGAUCUGCUUGAUUUGCAGCAGCCAACUUUUCACCCAUCUGUACUUUCAAUGUCAACUGCUUCUCAGGUAGCAAGUACGUGGGGAGAUCCUUUCUCUGCUACUGUAGAUGCUGUUGAUGAUGCCAUUCCAAGCUUAAAUCCUUUCCUCACAAAAAGUAGUGGUGAUGUUCACCUUCCUAUCUCUUCAGAUGUAUCCACUUUUACUACUAGGACACCUACUCAUGAAAUGUUUGUUGAUACUUUUUGUGGCACUCAAGCUUAUCGUAAUACUACCUUUAUGUGCCAUGAGCCUUCUACUGUAGCUGGUUUAUUUGGAGGGUUCACUCCUUCUCCAGUUGCACAGCCGCAUCCUUCAGCUGGCCUUAAUGUUGACUUUGAAUCUGUGUUUGGAAAUAAAUCUACCAACAUUACUGUAGAUUCUGGGGGCUUUGAUGAACUAGGUGGACUUCUCAAACCAACAGUGGCCUCUCAGAACCAGAGUCUUCCCGUUGCCAAACUCCCACCUAACAAGUUAGUAUCUGAUGACUUGGAUUCAUCCUUAGCCAACCUUGUGGGCAAUCUUGGCAUUGGAAAUGGAACCACUAAGAAUGAUGUAAAUUGGAGUCAGCCAGGUGAAAAGAAGCUAACUGGAGGAUCUAACUGGCAACCAAAGGUUGCACCAACAACUGCGUGGAAUGCUGCAACAAUGAAUGGCAUGCAUUUUCCACAAUACGCCCCCCCUGUAAUGGCCUAUCCUGCUACUACACCAACAGGCAUGAUAGGAUAUGGAAUCCCUCCUCAAAUGGGAAGUGUACCUGUAAUGACACAACCAAGCUUAAUAUACAGCCAGCCUGUCAUGAGACCACCAAACCCUUUUGGCCCUGUAUCAGGAGCACAGCUGUCGGCAGCCUCCAGCCCCUCCAGUCACAGUCCUCACAGAGCUUCAGGAAAGGACCCUUUUGCAGAGCUCUCUUUGGAGGAUUUCUUAUAAAUCACUUUAGAUACAGUUUAUGUAACUAGAUGGAAGAGAAUGGAAUUAUUCCAAAAAGACAAGUGCUCAAGCGGCAAAUACUUACUUCCAGCAAAAUCCAAACUGCUGUCUCUUAAACUCUCUUCUUCCAUUAGAAUGCUACAGUAACC